GAUAACCCCUCCCUCGUCUCUCACACAGCCAGCUCCACUCUGCACAUGAACUCUUGUUCCCUCCCCUUCAGAUCUAUAGUUGCAGGAUGGGUGUAACCAACAUGGUGGUGAGCUGACAGGCCUCUGAUCCUGCUCAAACACAUGCUGUUGAGAUCAGAGCUCAGACUAGUUUCACUUCUCAGGAAGUGAGCCUCAGUCAGUCGUCGACAGCGAGUGUUGAAAUGGCGCAGAAAGGAGUUCAGCUGGACCGGGAAUCCUUCUCUUGUUCCGUCUGUUUGGAUCUACUGAAGGAUCCGGUGACUGUUCCCUGUGGACACAGCUACUGCAUGGACUGUAUUAAAGCCCACUGGGAUAUAGAGGAGGAGAAGGAGAGCUACAGCUGCCCUCAGUGUAGGCACACCUUCACCCCGAGGCCUGCCCUGCUGAAAAACACCAUGCUGGAGACGAUACUGCAGGAACUGAAGAAGACCGGACUCCUAGCUGCUCCUGAGGAUCCCUCUUAUGCUGGACCUGAAGAUGUGGCCUGUGACAUCUGCACCGGGAGGAAACUCAAAGCCAGUAAGUCCUGUCUGCAGUGUCUGGCUUCUUACUGCCAGAAACACCUUCAGCCUCAUUUUGAAGCAGCUCCAUUGAGGAAACACAAGCUGGUGGAGCCCUCCAAGAAGCUCCAGGAGAACGUCUGCUCUCGUCAUGAUGAGGUGAUGAAGAUGUUCUGUCGUACUGAUCAGCAGUCUAUCUGUUAUCUCUGCUCUGUGGACGAACACAAAGGCCACGACACGGUCUCAGCUGCAGCAGAGUGGACUGAGAAGCAGAGAGAGCUGGAGGAGAGUCGACUAAACAUCCAGCAGAGAAUCCAGGACAGAGAGAAAGAUGUGGAGCAGCUUCAACAGGAGGUGGAGGCUAUCAACGGCUCCGCUGAUAAAGCAGUGGAGCACAGUGAGGAGAUGUUCACCCAGCUGAUCCGUCUCAUGGAGGAACGACGCUCUGACGUGAGGCAGCGGGUCAGAUCCCAGCAGGAAACUGAAGUGAGUCGAGUCAGAGAGCUUCAGGAGAAGCUGGAGCAGGAGAUCACUGAGCUGAAGAGGAGAGACGCUGAGCUGCAGAAGCUGGCACACACAGAGGACCACAACCAGUUUCUACAGGACUACCCCUCACUGUCAGGACUCAGUGGACCUGCAGACCCAUCCAGGAUCAAGACCCGUUCUCUCAGGUACUUUGAGGAUGUGACAGCAGCUGUGUCAGAAGUCAGAGAUCAACUACAGGAGGUUCUGAGAGAGAAGUGGACCAACGUCUCACAGGCAACGACUGAAGUGGAGGCUUUACUGUCAGAACCACCAGAGCCCAAGACCAGAGCUGGGUUCUUAAGAUACUCACGUGGAGUCACACUGGAUCCAAACACAGCAAACACACGGCUGUUAUUAUCUGAUGGGAACAGAAGAGCAACACGGAAACAACAAGAACAGUCUUAUUCUAGUCACACAGACAGAUUCACAGGUUGGUGUCAGGUCCUGAGUAGAGAGAGUCUGAGCGGACGUUGUUACUGGGAGGUGGAGUGGAGAGGGAGAGGAGUUGAUGUAGCAGUCGCAUACAAGAAUAUCAGCAGAGCAGGAGACUCAGAUGAUUGUGGAUUUGGAUCCAAUGAUAAAUCUUGGUCUUUAUUUUGUGACAACAACAGUUAUAACUUUUGGUACAACAAUGUGGAGACUCCUGUCUCAGGUCCUCGGUCCUCCAGAGUAGGAGUGUACCUGGAUCACAGAGCAGGUAUUCUGUCCUUCUACAGCGUCUCUGAUACCAUGACUCUCCUCCACAGAGUCCAGACCACAUUCACUCAGCCCCUCUAUGCUGGACUUGGGUUUAACUCGAUUUUUGCAGCCCCUGAAGACACUGCUGAGUUUUGUGAACUCCACUAAAAACCUUCAAGUCCAUUCAAGACCUUUCAUACAAAUCAAAUGAAUCAAAGUUCUUUACAGCCGCUGAAAACAAGAAGCAGAAGGAAAGAAAUGUCCAAACAUACCACAUCUUCAAAAACAGGAAUGCUAAUGCACACCCACAACAAUCAAAUAUAUGUCCUUCAAAAUAAGAGACAGCAUCAAAAUAACAAGAAGAACCUCAAUAUUUAAAAUCAAUCAUAAAAUAGGGUCAGGAUCAAAACUGAAGAUAAAAUAAAGUCAAUACAAAUAUUAAAACAACUGAGGCAACAAAUAAUAAACAACAAGUAGUUAAAAAGUGUUUGAUAUCAGUCCACUGUGACAGACAAAGCACAAAGUUUACAGCACUGCUCCUCUUCCUGGAAUGUAGAAGAGCUUGAUAACCCCUCCCUCGUCUCUCACACAGCCAGCUCCACUCUGCACAUGAACUCUUGUUCCCUCCCCUUCAGAUCUAUAGUUGCAUGAUGGGUGUAACACUGGAUCCAAUACAAGAACAGUCUUAUUCUAGUCACACAGACAGAUUCACAGGUGGGUGUCAGGUCCUGAGUAGAGAGAGUCUGAGCGGACGUUGUUACUGGGAGGUGGAGUGGAGAGGGAGAGGAGUUGAGGUAGCAGUCGCAUACAAGAAUAUCAGCAGAGCAGGAGGCUCACAUGAUUGUGUAUUUGGAUUCAAUGAUAAAUCUUGGUCUUUAUUUUGUUACAACAACAGUUAUAACUUUUGGUACAACAAAGUCAGCACUCCUGUCUCAGGUCCUCGGUCCUCCAGAGUAGGAGUGUACCUGGAUCACAGAGCAGGUAUUCUGUCCUUCUACAGCGUCUCUGAAACCAUGACUCUCCUCCACAGAGUCCAGACCACAUUCACUCAGCCCCUCUAUGCUGGACUAAGGUUUGUCAAUAAUGAAGACACUGCUGAGUUCUGUGAACUCCACUAAAAACCAUCAAGUCCAUUCAGACCAAAUAUGAGCAACAAGAGGAUUUCAAAGCUGCAUGGUUCUGGUCUGAUGGUUCUCCCUCCAAGAACUCUCUGUGCUUCAGGUCUUCCUGCCGGCUUUGUGAGUCUUUUUGGAGCUGCUGCUUUUGUAGACGCUUUAAGGGAUGAGGACAGUGAUGCUGGAUUAUUUGCAACAGUUGGGUUUCUAAUUUUGAUGAAGCUUCAAAAUAAGAAGAAAAAAAACAGCUCUGUGUGAAAUGUUUGUGUUCCACAGGAUGGGAAGAUCUUUAUUUGUUGUUUGCUUGUUGAUCACGCUUCAUAAAUUUUGAGCCAAUGAUGUUUGUUUUAUUUUGUAGAGGCUUUUAUUUUGAAAGGGCAUCAGUGUGUGGGGCAGGUUUUGCAGGUAUGAAGUGUUAGAAAAGACUUGAAAACAUGACAAAGUGAAAAGCAGGAGCUUCUUUCUGAUCCUGAAUCAAAGGAUGUAAAGUCUGCAGAUGAAAAUAUCAUCUCUAACAUGUCAUGAUGUUCAUGUUUCUACAUUCAGGAUCCUGUUUUUAUUGAGUCCAAUCAGCUGAUCAAACAAGUCCUUUUCAUUCUUUGUUCAACUGAUGAAGACUUUAAUACUCACAUCAAUAAUUAGGAUUGUUGGACUUCUCUUAGAUUGUACAGAUGAACUUUCUGACUUCAGGUUUGUUGCUGAUUGAGCUAACUGCAGCAGAUAUUCCUGUCUGCUUCUUUUGGAUCAGUGGAUUUGUAAAGACGUCUACACUCACACUUUUUUUUUGUGGUGAUCCAAAUGUUGUUUUCCACAAAUGGAUGUACAGAUGAGGUUCAGUGAGGUUUGAUAGAAGUGUAUUAAAUAAUCACAUGGAUUUGUAAAAGCUCUUUUCUUUUGGGGACUCAGCUGAGAUUCUGCUGAAGUGAACUGAUUGUGUAAGUGAAAUCAACCUGUACCUAAAAAUCAUCCAAUAAAUCAAAGUGUGUCUUUAACA